AUGGACACAACGUCAAAAAAGACAAAAACUGAAAAGAGUAUAGCACAACAAAUCAAUGACUGGUUUGAUAAGUUGUCUCCACAAUACUCUGUAUUACCUUUACAGACACAAAAGCCAAGUUUCAGUUUACUCCAGUCUCGAUGGUUUAGACUGUCUAUAGUAUUUUAUAUUGUCUUUUGUAUCUUGCUGACAGCAGCCCAUUUGACUGCUUGGUUAUUCUCUGAAGGUACACAUGCGCUUGUGUCUACUGAAGCAACUCGUCGUUUAAGUUUCCAACGCACCUAUGAUGCAGACGAGCCUUAUUCUUUGAUCAGUGAUAUGACACCAGGAUUAAAGUUUUCAAAGCUCUUUUCAAAAGCUCAUUACGACGCGCUUAGAUAUACUCGGCCAUUCUGGCAAAAAGCAACACAGGAACCUAAUCCUGCUGAAGUUACUUUUAUCACCACCACGACACCCGAGACAUGGAAAGAGUUGGUUCAGUUUGCAAAACACUGGAAUGGACCUAUCUCUGCUACUUUACAUGUAUCAAAGAAUGAAGAGACAUCAAGUAUGUUGGCUGAGUAUAAAUCUACGCCCGAAUUAUUCAAUCAUGUCGAUCUUCAUCUCGUUCAGACGCCUCAAAAGACAGCUUCUAUUUUGAUCCCCCUAAAUGUUGAGCGUAAUUUGGCCCGUAUUUAUGCGCGAUCUAACCAUGUGUCUGAUAUUCCUGUCAACACCAUCAUCGCUACAGACCUCCGCCGGACGAUAUUGAAGCAUCUUACCGAAUACACUGAAUUGCUUAGAAAGGGCGAUAUGCUUGUGAUUCCGACUUUUGCAUAUAACGAAAACGCACAUAUUGCUGCUCGGGUGCCACAGACCAAGAAGGAAUUAGUGGGCUUAGUGGAAAAGGAAAAAGUGUUGGGACUCUAUGAUGCUCAUUUUGCUUUAAAUCAAGGUCCAACUGAUUUAGACACCUGGAAGAAUGCCAAUGAUAUCUAUAAAGUAACACAAUACACAAUGGAAUAUGAACCUAUUGUCAUUCAAAGUAAAACUGUUCAGCCAUGGUGUUCUGAACGCUUUGUUGAUAAACGCUCUGCCUGUCUUUUAUCUAGCUAUUUGGCAGGUAAUGACUUUUUUGUCUUACCUCAUGAUUUUGCUGUUGAGAAACCAAGCAAUCAAAAGACAUUGAUAUCUAAUCUAGAUAACGUGAUUGAGAAACGACUGUAUGCCAAAUUUUACUGGGAACAAUGUGUAUAUCAGGGCAGACAAUUAGAUGCCAUGGGCUUAUGGAACACAGCCAAAUCAAACCAUAUUCGACAACAAUGUUCUAGAAUCAUUCAGAACUGGGGAAGAGGAACAUACGAACUUGUCGUCUGCCAACAACCUUUGCAUGCUCGUAUGUGCGGAUUUGGAGAGAAAGACAGAAGGCCUAUUGACCCACCACCUAUUGUCCAGUUGAUUGUUAAACAACAGGGACAGGACCAUCCCAUUGAUGUACAAAUGCUUCAAAUUCCUUUUUUUGUUCUCCAUGUCACAUUAUGGUCUGACGAUUGUUCUGAAGAAAGAAAUAUCAUUUCAAAUCCCCCAAAAUGCACAAGGGUAUUAAUGGGAUCAUUAGUGAGUUCACCUAGUUUACUCAAAAAUACAGAAGGAGAGCAGGGCCUUUAUUUUGCUUUUCCUGAUCUAAGUAUUCGUACCGAAGGCAGAUAUACAUUACGAUUUAGUUUAAUGAAGCUGAGCAAUUCUGAUUUUCAAGAAAAUGCCAAAUCAAAAAUAGUGGCUCAAGUAUUCUCAGAUCCAUUUACAGUGUAUUCUGCAAAGAAGAAUCCACUGAACUAUCAAAAGCCUUUGCAAAACAAGGUCUAA